AUGUCCACUGCAAAAUCAUAUAUAGCUUAAUAAAAAGCAAAAAAAACUGAAUUCGUUUAUUUUUAUUUAAAAAAUUCUAUUUUAAAGUUUAGGCUUUAAGUGAGAUUGAUAAAUUGAAUAAGUUAAUGUAAAUUUUUUAGAAAGAACCUUUUUAUUGUUGAUGGAUUUCUUGAUAAAAAGUCAUAAGCAGUAGUAUUCUUUGAACAUUAUUAAAAACCAAGAUUUGUGAUAUAUUUUUAAUCCAGCAAAGAUGAAGUUGAAUAAAAUAUGGGGUUGUUGGGUGCAGAGGAACAAAAAAAUGUAGUUUUUAAAAAUUUACCUAUUUCCUUCAAAAUCGCGAUGGAGUAUUAGAUACUUAAAAAAUUUUUAAUUCUUUGUAAUUAAAUGUUGAUACUGUUUAAAAAGGAUUAUUAAAUAAUUUUCAAAAAUCUUCUGAUUUAAUUAUUUAGACUAUAAUGA